CUGCUCCAGGCGGAGCUGGGCUCUGAGUUCGGGUGUGAGGUGCAGGAAGGAAUCCCUGGAGCGGCACAGCCUCACGGAGACCCCCACCAACCCCGCUCCAAUCAUCACCCAGACUGCAGCUCAUCACAUCAACACAGGCAGCCAGGGCUCACCGGCGGGUAGACCGACCCACUCAGCAAGGGGGGGAUCUCUGACAGUACAUUUACUAAACCUGUAUAGUAACACAAAAAGCUACUUCCAGGCAUACUGCACCUUUAAUUUAAACUGAUAUCAGCGCUGGAUUUUACAUCAACCCCAGUUUAUUAAAAUAAAAUUAAAAAAUAGAUUGAAAUGCUCCUGGAAGAAUCCCCCCUUUUUUAUUAUUAAAAUGGUAUCGUCCAAUCCUUGGGAAUUGGAGCCAGAGUUCUAAGCACGAACGUUCUACAGGGAAAGCCUGGUUGGUUCGGACUUCCGGGGUAAACAGGGCGCCCGCCAUGGACUCCACCAAAAUGGAUCCCGUGAAGAAGGCGUAUUGUUUAGAGCUGUAAGGUGUCAUGGCGGCCGAAAGGAAUGAGGGUUUGCAGCUGGAGGUUCAGGGACACCAUGAACAGAAACGGGUUUGUGACUCCCGUGCCAAGUAUCGCGAAGGAAGGAGGCCGAGAGCUGUCAAAGUGAGUGACAGUAGGACCGUGCCCCCUCCAUUGCAAGCGGUGACUGGCAGAGGCUGCACACCUGAUCUCAAGCAGGGAUUUCAGGGCAGGGUUAUAGGAACCGUGACAGUUAUGGCGUUCACUAAAUUGGAAAUGGCUGGAAGUAUGAAUUCAAAGUGAAUUUUAACAUUUUAGACUAAAAUAGUUGAGAUGAAAACAUAGCAGCCUGGCUAUUUUGGUCACACAAUCUUGCUAGCUAAGCCACCUAAAUGUGCCACAAAUACAAAUACAUUCUGGUUUAUACACCAAACUCCGAAUUUGGACCUAAAUGGAAACAUUGAGGCCCAACCUGUCAAGGUGAAUUCAAAGUGAAUUUCAAAUUUAAGGUUAAAAUAGCCAAACUGGAAAAAUCUUUAAAAAGAUACUUGGAACUCCUAAAGCACUUUAGCGCGCUGAAAUGCUUUAUGCGUGAAAAGUGCAUUUAAAAAAUUAAUUUAAAAAAAUGUCCUUUCUUUUUUCUUCAUUUUACAAAAAAAAUGCAGGUUUGAAUAGAAAUGGCACUUUUAUAAAUGAUCCUUGUUACAAAAAUCCAGAUGUAUGCAUUUCUCCCCUACCGCCAAUGGGGGAAAAAAUGCAUACAUCUGGAUUUUUGGUAUCAGGUCUUGGGUUCUGUAAUCUUGAAGUACAUUGCAAAGUUUGGGAUGAAAUAUUAAAUUAAAAUUGUGCAAAAUGACUCUUUAUAUUUAAAUGUUAAGAGAUCUAUUUCUCACUUUUUUUUUCAGGUGUACACAAUCAAUCUUGAGUCUCGUUAUCUGAUGGUGCAGGGCGUUCCAGCAAUAGGUGUAAUGAAGGAGCUGGUAGAACAGUUUGCCCUCUAUGGCGUUAUAGAAGAGUACAAUCCUUUAGAUGGAUACCCUGCAGAGGAGUUCACAGACGUCUAUCUUAUUAAAUUUCAGAAGCUUCAGAGUGCAAGGUAAAGCUCAGAGUUUUCAAAGUGUCAAAUUGCCUCUAGCAACAUAGUCAUCACAAGAACUGGUUGUCAUGAGGUUGUUUUAUAUUUUUAAAUUUUUUUUUUUUUUUAAGCAUGUUCAGCAGAUGUCAGGAAAAAAAAAAAAAACUACCUGUCUAUCUGCAUAGUGCCAAGUAGUACCAGUAGACAAAGGAGCAGUUUCUGAGGCUGUUAUGCAUGCUUCUGUCUAUGCUCUUGAUUUUAAAGUUAUCAUAUUAAUGUUACUUCAAUACAUACUGUUUGAUAUUUAAUUAACACAGGAAUUUAUCUAGUGUCCUCCCUCUUAAUUCUAAAUGAAAAGCAGUUAGUCACUGCAGAUUGCAGUGAGGUACUCUCACCGACCAGGAACCAUGCAUGCAUCAUAUUUAUUAUGGCUGCAACGUGCUCAACAUAGAGUAACAUGCAAUGGAAUCCUUAGACUACAUUUUGCCUUUUUUUUUAUUAUUUAUUUAUUUUAUGUUUAAUGUCAAUACACAAGUAUUGGCAAUAGUGGAUGAGUAGGUCCCCCAAAUCUGAUAGUUGACGUGUUUCCCUCGAAACAUUGGAACUCCAAUUUAAACAGUUAUUAGAACAUUAUAGUCAACAAUAACCAUCGGUCCAGGGUUACGGUUUCUUACGGUGUGUCAGUUUAUCUAUGCUCCCAUCGACAUUAGAGUUGUAUUUUCAAAUUUGUACCAGGAUACUGGUUUCAGUAAAGAAUGAUGUAGAAGAAUGAGAAUCAGAAUUAGGAGGAAAAAGAAUGAAAACAAAAGCAGGAGUGAAGAGAGAGGGGGGAAAAAAAACAACAACAAAACACAAGAGGGCAGGAAGGAGAGUGGAGAACUGAGCUGCCUCCAUCCUGCCUAGCCGCCAUUGGCUGGUGCUUCUCCACCCACUUUUCCCCUCUCCUGGUAAACCAAAGCGAUAUUGGUGGGGCCAUGAUCCAUUUCAAGUAUAGGAGUAUCAAUUGUUUAGCUACAUUAAAGAUGCAUAUUGUCAGGGAGUACUUCUAUCUAAAAAGUGGUAUGAUGAAGAAGAUAUGGGGUCAGCAGAAAAGGUAGUGGACUAUAUGACAUUUUUGCAAUGAUAGAUGUAAUGUGCCUCCAAUAAGGUACUAUAACCAUGCACUACCACCAUAUGUCUGUGAAGGAACCUGUUCCUCCAUCACACCUCUAACAUAGACCAUCCAUUUCAGGAUGCAUCCUGCGCAAGCGAUCAGGUGUUAGGUACCAUUGCGUGAAGACCUUAUAUGCUGUUUCCUGUGUUUUACUUGCUAUGGCACAGUGGUGCACCAGGUCUUCUAUUUUGUUCUCCUGUGUGCCUUUGAAAGUUGUCCCUAAUGCCCAUUUGGAGUAGAAGGGAUGGAGUCCCUGUUGUACAUUUUGGCUUUAGUCCACUUUUGCUUCUGUCACAGAGGCAAUGGUUCAAUAAAAUGUUAUUGAUUCUAAGAACAAGAGCAUUUGCCCACUUCGUCUUUUUUAUUCCUUAAUUCUGUUUGUUUCUGAAAUAUUUCUCUUUUGCUUGUUUGCCUUCAGGGUUGCCAAACGGAAAAUGGAUGAACAUAGUUUUUUUGGUGGUUUACUUCAUGUAUGCUAUGCCCCAGAAUUUGAAACUGUUCAGGAGACUAGAGAGAAACUUCGGGACAGGAGAAUAUUUGUGGCAAGAUCAACAUCUGACAAAGGUUUGUUAAGAGAUGUGACCCCCUUUAGUAGGAAUAUAUUUGCCUCUUUCCACUAAAAAAAGAAUAGAUAUUAAAGGAAUACACCAAAAAUUGGUUGUAUUUUUUUCCAUUGAGAUCUUAUCCAGUCUUAAUACACCCACAGCUUUCUAUGUGAGCCGAUCAUAACCCAUAAAUGUCUGCAGAGCAAUGUCUUAUGGCAACAGCAAAGGUUGGAGAGCACAGACAGUAUUUUUAUUUUUUUAGACAGUAGACAGCAGAACUCCAGCUACCAUAAACCUCACCUAUGCAGAUGUUUUCAGGAUACCACGGACAGCGCCAGCCUUAGGGGUGUGCGAGCUGUGCGGCCGCACAGGGCACCAUGGGCGCAGGGGGCGCCAUGAGGCCUACACAGCUCACGCACGGCCGGCCAGGAUAAUAAAAAAAAAAAAAAAAAACCCUCCUCCCAAUAUUGUGGCAGGGGCGGACCUUACUCUGCAGCGGAGGCGGGGCUAAAAGUGCCGGGUAACUGCUGCAGGGGAAGCAAAAAGGAGUCCCUGCUUCCCCAACAACCAGUCUCCAGUAGCUGCACUGCCUCCACUCCUCCAUAAUGCACAGAUGUAAAUAUGUGUGAUUGUCUGCCUGUGUGUGUGUUUGACUGAAUGUAUGGCUGGCUGGCUGGCUGUACCUGUAUGUGUUACUGUCUGCCUUUAAUUGUGUGUGUUUAUCUGCCUGUAUCUGUGUGUUUUUGCCUGAUCCUGUGUAUAUGACUGUCUGCCUGCAACUGUGUGCAUGUGGUGGAUUUGGCAUUGUAUAUGUAUAACUGUGUGCACAUAACUCGGAAAAAAAUAUACACCUGCAUUUAGGGAUUCACCGAAAGGAAAAUUGUGGUCCGAAACCGAAAAUUCAGGAUACCCUUGGCCGAAAACCGAAACUGACUUUUUUCCCCAAAAGUUUUUUUUUUUUCUUAUAAUUUUAUUAUUAGACUUUUUAAUGAAUUUACUUAAUCUACUACAAAAAACUUCCGAUCUCCCUUCUCUUUUAGUGGUCCCCCUCCCUCCUUAAUGUUUCUCCCUCCCCCAUCUUUUUAGUAUUCUUUCCUACCUCCUCCCCAGUCCCAUAGUGUUCUUUUCUCCCCCUCCUCCCCUGUCCCAUAGUGAUCUCUCUCCCCCCGUCUCAAGUGCAGUAUUCUUGACUUUUCAAGUUAUAAUUUCCUUGUGAUAUAUAAUCAUCUGAAUUGUUAAUGCAAGCAUGUCUGUUAAACUAUGCACAACAACAAAAAAUCUUUAAAAACAUAAUGUUUUUUCAUUUCGGCAAAUUUGACCCGUUUUCAUCCGAAACAGGAUAGGCCCAUUUUUGGCUGAAAUUUCGGUGCAUACCCAGUUAAAAACCCUUUAUUUACCAAACAGGAGCGAUAGUGCCAGGAAUACAAAUUUGUAUUCCUGGCAUUAUAGUAACACUUUAAGCUGCACCCUUUGUCAAGAUUGUCAAACGUAGGAAAAAUACAUAAGACAAAGUAGUCCCUACAUUAUUAUGUUUAGAAAUCAAAAUAGAUCAGAACUGAAGAACAGAUUCUGAAAGAGGAAGAGAAGAGGAAACAUUAGGAGCCAGGCAGGUUUGAGGUGACAGCCGCUUUAGCUUUUUCUUUUGUUUCUUACAAUGAAGUUAAUUGGUUGUUGUUUUUUCCAGAUUAUAUAUAUUUAUUUUUAAAUUUAAUUAAAUCUUUCCUUUUGUCUACCUGAGAUGGCUUUCUAGCUCUGAACAAGACAUGGAAAAAAAUAAAUGAAAACAAAAGUGAACAAGUUAUGUUUUCUUUCAAAGACAGGUUUGUACCAGAGAAGAAACAAGACAUGUCUUCAUAUGAGUCUAAAACCCCUCAAUCAGAUUUCAUCCCUGUUCCUAGCAGCAGCUGUGGUACUCGUUCACAUCUCAAUGAUCUUAUAAGAUUUACCUCUACAUAUGCUAGAGCUAAUUUCCGCCAGGGCAGCACUCAGGACCCAUGUUCUGUCUUGGAGGAUACCGGUACCAAACCAUCUCAGGGGAAUGCUUCCCAAACAGAUGCAGCCUGCCACACACGAGGAACCCCACAGAACUCUAGACCAAGCAUUCCAAUGCAAAAUCAAAAUACCACCUCUGGGGGUAACUUUGUGAGAUUCACACCCAGAACUACCCAGCUACAGGAGAGACAGAGAAAAAGAGAACACAACAAUGCCCUUGCCCUGUGUGGAUCAAGUCCUGAUACCCAGGAUAUUGUAAUUGGACCACAGAUACCAGAAAUUCCAAAAUUUGAUAUGGACGAUACUUCUCUAAAUAUCUCUGCAGAUAUCAUUAGACAGAAACUAAAGAAGGUAUGCGUAUAUUUGUUUAUAUGUAUUAUGAUUAUAUAUCCUAUACUUUAAUAUUUUUUUUUUAUUUUUUUUUAAUGUGCCAGACAUGACUCAAAUUAGAAUUGUAUAUUUGUUAUUGUGGAACACUAGUAAAUAAGUGACAGAACAAACAACUAUAGUGUAUUAAAGGGACACAUCUAUGCCAAACUACAAAUAAUUGCUCUGGGCAAUUGCCUGCAUCUUGAGUUUAGCUUCACUGAGCUAAACAAACCAGGAAGUAGCAGGGCCAGUUGUCUGCUUGAAAGGCAUGUGGAUGUAACAAAGUUAAUUUGUAAAAGUGUCUUUCUUUUGAAAUCCGUACUUUUUGUAAAAUUAAAAAAGGGGACACAUUCUUCACACACAAUGUAUUUCAGAAAUCUAAAAUGCUUUAGGGGUCUGGAGUGUCUUUUUAAACAAAUACAGUCCGUUUGUGAAAAGAUUAGUGCUUGAAGGCAGCUUAUCUACACAUUAUCCACAAAGAGCCUACUGGAAGAUGGACAAGUUCAGUUAAAAAUUCAUCAUUACUGCCUCUUGAUGCUAAGUAGCUAUCAAAUUUUGUUACUUAACAGCUGCAUUGAGCAGCCAAUCGCCUCCAAAAGUGAUAUAGGUCCCUAAGAAAACAAGUGUAGCAGAAGGUAAUGGUAAAUUAACAGGGAACUAUAAUUGUCUGGAACAGUCCAGUUGAUGUCACAGGCUUUUUUCUACUUGAAUACGUGUAAUACCUUGUAUUUAUUGCACUUUUAUAACAGACUUUUUGAAUUUCUGUGUUUUGUUUUUUUCCUCUCUCUAUAAAGUUAUUAUAUACAAUAUGUAUGUCUCAAUCAAAGAGAACCCACAGUCCUAAUUGGGGAUUUAGUUCCUAGUUCUGGCCACCAGGGAUUACCCAUUUUGAAGGAUGCCUAUUUCAGGGGGUAAAUGAAUGAUAAGUAUUAUGUGGGUCCUAUUUGCUGCACGAGAAAGUUACGUAAUUCUUUACAGAAAAGGUUUGUAUUAGAAUUGUUUCUUUGCUGAUUCCUGCCCUAUUCUGUCUGAACUACUAAUACUGUUUAUCUUAUAGGUUUCUGGCACACCUAAAUUGGCCACUGUGGAAAAUACAUCAAAUGAGGCACAAUCUGAAGCUCCAAAGAAGCAGAGAAGAAGAAUUUAACUUUGACAGCUUAAUGUCUAUAUCCAUAUACUCAUAUCUGCAUGAUGUUUACUUUUUAUUAUAAAAACACAACACAUUUUACUGUACUCAUAAUGCAGAGAUUAAUAUAACACACAAUAAUGUGAGAGAUCUCUGGAGUGUGCACCCAUAAUUAAUUGUACAGAACAUUUGCAUUUGUCUUUCACAUUUACUCUGUAAUGGUCUAUAUGGGACCGUGAACACAGGCUUUUAUUAUAUGCACUGAUUUAAAGACAUGUCUUCCUCUUUUGUAAAGAUCAGCUGCUCAAUCUCCUUCAAUGAUAUGUAGAUCCAUUUCUAUUGAUCAUUUGGCUCUGUAAAUGCUUGUCGUUCAAAGGCCAUUAUGCUCUAAAGCGGAAGAAAAUGAGCAUCAUUAGCUGUUUCUUGGUAGAAAUGGUGUAGUUAAUUAAAAGUUCUUUUACAUGUUUUUAAAUAUGACACCGAGCACAGUAUUAAAAGUAAUCUGUCAUGCACAAAUUGGAAGGCAUACUCACCUCGAGGAAAGUAACCAACACAAUAUACUGGUGAAAUAGCAAAUGCAUGGAUUUAAAAAAAAAUACUUACCUGUAGAUCUCUUUCUUACUCUGCAAUGUGGCAUCAUCUAUAGAAAGCGAAGGCUAUGCAACCACGACGGAUGUAAGCAGCGUUCCAUGUUUCUUUGCAUAAAGUUGAAUGCUAUUAGUUAUGGGAUGCUUCCAUGUCACUUCAGGGGGCAGGAUGACUAACUACAACUGUUAUUUGUUACUUAAUGUUUUAAAUAGCAAGUCUAGGUCUGCAAUAUACACAAAAUUACUGCAAAAUGCAUCAAAUUUAAAGGGUUACUCCAAGCACCAAGCUUCAGUAAUUUGAAGUGGUUAUGGUGCUUGGAUCUGUAUGUGCAACGUUUUAGUAUAAAACUUUAUUUUUAAAUAAAUUAUGAAACUUACCUUCAUUUUGCAUUUCACUUAAAUGCUAGAUUUGUGCAUGGUGUGAAAACUUGCGUUGGCUGAACAGUUUUUCAUUGACAAUAGAAUUUCUGCACUUAUAAAACUCGAUUUGGGCUAACCAAAAGGGAGUGAAAAUGGGCCAAUAAGUGUACUGCAAAAUGCAUACAUAAUAUAACAUGAUGUAUAUAUUUUGAAGUCUGCAGCCCACUGAUUUAUUUUCCUGCAGUUUGGUUACUUUUUUCUCACUUCAUCUGUAAACUAAUCUCAGGAAAAACAGGCGUAUUCAAAUACUUUUUUUUAAUCUAUAGUGAUUGCUUACAUCCUAUAUUAAAUUUAUAAACAUAUUUGUUUCUUACUUCUCCUUUUCCCCCCUCUAUUGCUCACUUAUCACUUGAGCCGUGAAUAAAAAGUUAGUGACUGUCCCCUAGCCAUUAAUCAUAUCUCUUUUUUUUUUUUUUAGAGACCACACCACAGGCAGUAUUUAGAAUCACAAGUCAAUGAACAUGUUCGGCCAUUGCAUGCCUUGAUGUUUGUUUCGUCAUUUAGGUACAGUUCAAUCAUCUUGGAGUUCAUAAAUUCACUUAAUCGUUCCAAAUUUGGACGAAUCACAGUUCGGAUCAAACUGAACCUCCAAGUCUUCUACAUCCUAUAUAUGUAUUGAGUAUGUUUGUAAUAUUCUGUAGUUGGGAGGUGGGGGUAUUUGUUAUACAUCAGUUUUUGGUUUUGUUUAAAGUUCCUCUUUGACUGUCAUUUGCCUUGCACUCCAUAUUUUGAUUUCCUUGUGAAACAACUGUCUAUAUAUUAUUUUUGUAACUUUUUAGAAGAUGUUAUAAAAAUAGAAAAGCACCCCACCUUACUAUCUGGUAGGCACGGACCAAACGCUUCUAGAAGAAGGUUUUCAUCUCUUACAGCUUUUUCAAAAUCCGUAUAGGACAGUUUGCUGUCAUGGUCAUAAUCCUGCAAAAGAAGAAACACAUUUUACAUAAACUGUGCAUUUAAUACAUGAUUCACUGCGAAGGGCACAACAGUUAUAAAAUCCACAAUCAUUCAUUAAUGGGAAAUUUAGUUGGGUAAAAUAUAUGUUCUUUGUACUUUAUCUCUUUUGAAUGGUACUCCUGGAAAUGCAAGGCCUAUUCCUAUUUUGGUCAGUUUUUGACACAUUAUGUAAACACUAAUUGAAAAAAAUAAAUUAAAUAAAAGCAAACAAGUAUAUUUUUGGCAGAAGAGUGGGCCAUAAUUUUAUUUGGCUGCUUAACCUUGCUCUUCUAAUUUGUCGGUACUCAAAUAACGAACUCAUUAGUUCACUUGCAUCUCAACGUUGCCAGACCUAGCAAGUGGGACAGGGGUGCAGGGCAAGUCAUUUGUUUGGAUUUUCUUGUACUGGGCUAUGUCAAUUUUUGCACCACUUUGUGUAGGUUUACUAUGUUUAUUCCCCAAAGAGUAACUUGUUGAGAUGACAGCAGAUGUUCUUUUUUAUUAAAAUAGUAGUCAUCACCCACAAAGCUGAAGUGCUUUGACAGAGCCCUACUGGAUAGAGAAUUGUGACGGUAGUCACCAUCACUGAGGGUGGAAGAUGGACACUUUAUGUAGGUCCCCACAAUAUUCUUAUGUCUUAGUCACCCCAUGCCCAUUAUAAGUGCAGGGUGUGUAAAAUGUAUUUGUGUAUUGUGAAAUGUUUGUGUGCUCUCCUGUCCUGCUGCUUCUUUCAACCAACUUGGUCAGUAAUGGCUAACCUUGACACCAUAAAUUGUUUCUGGACUACAUUUCCCAUGAUGCUCAGCUAGCUUUUAGAGUUUAACUGCUAGCUGAGCAUCAUGGGAAAUGUAGUGCAGAACUAGUUUAUGGUGUCAAGGUUAGCCAUCACUAAACUAGGUGGAUUUGGCUGUGGAGCAUGUAAAAGCACCAUCUGUUGGUUGUCAAGGAUCUUGAAACAGCUAUAUGCACUACCUGAAAAGCAAGGUUUGCUAAUUUGCAUAUUCAGGUAGAUUUCAUAUUAUGAAUUCUUCAGGCAAGGAAGUUCCUGUAUGUGUCCCCAUAUGAUUUGGUUAUUUGUAUUAUAUUGAGGUUGUUACCGUAAGUUUAAUGUAAUGUGCAUACGGGCUACUCCUGUGAAAAUAAAAUAAAUAAAUAAAGCUGAUUGUGUUAGUUCCUUUUGGAA